AUGGCUACUCUGUACAUGAAGUACCUCAUCCCAGGAGUGUUUGCUUAUGGGUUUCUGCAGAACAUUCUAAGGUUCCUGCAGACGCAGUCUGCCGUUAUGCCUCUUGUCCUGUUCUCGAUGUUGCCUGUCUGCAUUCAUAUAGGGCUUGCUUAUGCUCUGGUAUCGAGAGGAAGGUAG